AGCAGAAAGAAAGAUUGGGUUGUUGGAGGGUGCUUUCCAUUCUCUCUCACAAUUUGUAAUAGUCUCACCAAAUUCUUUGAAGAAACAAGAAAGAGGACUGUCUACUACUGUAUCUUCUAUCCAACCAUUUAUCUAUUUUAAUUAAUAAUCAGAUCUACCGGUAUCAAGAUGUGCAACAAUACCUCCUUGUCAAGCUUUUUGGAUGGCGUUAGUUUUGUGGAUGAAAGUUGCGGAAUGGAAUUGGAAGUAAUGGAUUUUGAAAGUGAAUUUUUGGCGGGUGUGGACGCCAUGUUGGACACUUCCAUGUCAAUGGCCAUGGACACAAUGGACAACUCUGAAUUGGCUGUCAAGACAGAUCCUUUGCCUCCUCUGUCUUUGGCUGUCAACAUGGAACACGAAGAUCUGGAUGCUCUCUUGUCUCCUCCCUCCGAUGCUACGUCUUCUUCUACCAACCACUUUGGAACAACUAUCACUGCCAACAGUACUGCCAAUACCUACAACCAGUAUCCUGGUUCCUUGGAGAACCUGGCUCACUGCAUGAGGACCAGUGAAAUGGCCUUGGCUCAGAUGCAGAAGAAUUUGCAGGUCAGUCAAUCUCAAUCUCACAAUUUGGCAGUAUUCUCCAAAGCCAACCACUUCUUCACUGGAAGCAGAGCCACCAUCACUCCUGAACUGGAACUCUCGAGGCAAAAAGUCUGGAGUCUCAUACACCAACACCACCAUCAGCAGCAGCAACACCAUGUCUACACCCACAAGGCUCCUGCCACUGCUGCUGCCUAAUUCCUAACCACCUUCAGUAUCAGUACCUGAUCCUGAUCUGAAGGUGUUUCUGUUCUGUUUCAUCUAAUCUACCUGCCUGCCAACCACAAACCACAAACUACAAAUACCUAUCUAUUUGGCACACCAUUCUGUUGGUGUGUGAUGGUAUCAUUAUUAAUAUCAUUAUUCUGCUCUUUCCUUUCCUUUCCUUUCCUUUCCAAGGAAACAGUCAAACAAACAAAAAAGACUACCAACGUAUCAAACGAUGACCCAACCAAGACCACGCGGGUGUCCUCUUUUUUCUUUUGAAUCUUCUUACGAUUACCAAUCUAUCUACCUUUAACUUACUUACGAUAUUCCCACAAAAAUAAUAAUCCAGUCUCUUUUAAUAAAAAUCUCCCCAUGAUAC